CACAAUUAAAAUUACUAUUUUUUAGAACGUUAUUCUUCCUUGUCAAGGCAAUUCUUACAUUUUAAUUAUUCAGUUUUAAAUCGGUACUUGCUUUGAGAAACCAAUUUUUUUUAUAUAUAUAAUAAUAUAAGUUGCCAUUGUUUUUUUCAACCAAGAUCUUCCCUACUUGUUAUACGAUCCUCAAGUGAUAAUAAAUUGUAUCAAUAUUCAAAUUAGCUUCAUUUGGAAUUAUCUUUCUGGUAAUUAGUUAUAAUGACUUCAGAAGUAUUGGCGAGUGCUGGAAGUGAAAUUCGAGAGAAUUUGUUUCAGAUCACAACGGCUGUAAAGUUCCUCUCAAAUCCUAAUGUACAACGAUGCACUAUGGAAAGCAAAGAACGUUUUCUUCGAGCUAAGGGCCUAACUGAUUUAGAAAUAAAGAGAGCUAUUGAGAAAUGUGGUGAUUUAGUGGACAUGUCAAAUUUUACAUCAGAGCUGCAUUUUUUUCAGCAAUCACAAAAUUCUUGGUUUAAAGAAAAAAUAUUACCAUUAAUAAUUUAUGGAGGAUUUGCUUAUGGAUGCUACUGGUUUUACAAGAACUGCAUCAAACAACUACUAUUCAUAGAACAACCGAAGCGUAAGUCUACGUCGGAAUGUAUAGAUGAAUUACGUAAAUCUUUAGAUAUAAUGAAUGCGAGUAUCACCUCGCUUCGGGGUGAGAUGCAAGCGACCGUACAACAAAAUGCAAUGCGGUCACAGCUCGAUAAUUUAAAAGAUGAUAUUGCGUCAGUUAAGGGCAUCUUAUUGAGUAGGAACCAAUUCCCUUCACUGAAGAGAACUGAACCGCCAUCUAUCCCGGCGUGGCAGCGCCAAUCGGAAGAGGCAUCAACCGUUGAGCCUGAAGAGAAGAAGCCGCACAGGACUCGAAGCCAAAGAUCAGAGUCCGGCGGAUCUAACUCAAGCGAGGGUGAACAGGCUACUAAAAAUAGUGAUAGCAGUCUUGAGAUCAUAUCUUGAAGACAUCUCCAAAGUUACUAAAUAAACAUUUUGUGUGUGUUAAUAAAUUUAGUUAAUUUUUAUAUUCAUGUUAUUAAAGUUUUAAUGUUAUGGUCUAACUGAUUCUCUGCGAUUUCGUCUCCGUAGGAUUAAAAAAAAUAGUCUUGUUCAUAUGAUGAUAUUCAAAUUGUUGUUUUGUCACAUAAAAUAUCCAAACAUUCAGUAGGUAUUUGAGGCUUAUAGAUAAGUGUUAGUGUGCAAUGUUUCCCAUCAAAGCUAAAAAGGGACGUUAAAAAUGUGCUAAACUUAUGUAUUACCCUUUAAUCAUACAAAUCCAACUCUGAUUCUGACGUGUGAAGGCUAAAAAAAUUGCUCAAAAUAAAUGACAUUCCUUUUUGCAUUUAUGUCACUGGUUGAGCUAUACCAUAACAUUUGUAUCGUUUUAGUUGUCAUUUAAUUAUCGCGAAUUGUGUUAAGGCACAAUGCAAAACAUUUGAGGUAAUUCGACAAUCAUAGUAACUUUCAUUUAUUGUCGCAAUACUUUCGAAAACGUCUUUUUCAUUAUGAUUGUAUUCCACCGACAAAUUUUCAACAAUUAUCAUCUUGUCUUUUAAAAUAAUGAUAAACCAAAUAUACGCGCCAUUAUUUCGUUUAUUGUUUUUAAUUGUCACCGUAUGGUUACCACUCAUAGAUUAAGCUAUUUUACCAUAGACGUUGAUGAACUUGUCCUGUAUGAACCAAACAAAAACAUUUCAGUUUCUUUAAGUGUACGAUGGUUAAGGGGUAGUUGGGUCUAUAAAAUGUAUUGCAAUACUGAACUAUAUUUUUACAUUUUUCUAUAAAACUUAUGAGAUAUAUAUUUUCUUUUACACGCCGGGUUGGUUUUGCUAAAAAUGAAAAACAACAGAACUGGUGAUAUAAAUAUUAGUUAUAUUUGUUGUUUUAUAUAGCAAUUUAUCUUAGAAUUAGAAAAGGCGAAUUAGUUAUAGAUAUGUGUACAAAUUAUCUUAGUGAUAAAAACUUGCCGUUUGUGAGCAAUCAAGUGAGAGUCAAACACAAAGUGGUUAAUUAAAUUGGCAUGUUCAGGAUAUGUAUGUAUAGUAGCAUUCUCCGUAAAUAAUAGGUACUGUUAUUGAUAAACAUAACAACAUUUUAUUAAAGUUAUCGAAGGUAAUGUUUGUUCCUGGUUCAUAUAUAGAUCAUACAGCCAGUUCGUUUACAAAGCGUCGAUUGUUGUAUUGAAAUGCGAUAUGUGUACUACAAUCUACGAGUAUUUUGAAGAAUCUGAUGGGAGCUCUUUUGUGGUGAGGUAAAUCUUAGGUUAUAAAUGUUGCGUGCUUUGCGUUUUGAACUGUGAAUAUGAAUGUAAAUAAUGUACGAUACCGCUGUAACAUUAGUUUAAUAGUUUGGGUGAUAAAUAAACCAAUGAUUGUCUUGCUA